CAAAGACCGUGGUUAGCAUGUCGCUAGCAGACCAAGUCAUAAAUUUAUUUUUAGACAUAUGAUAUUUGUCCACAGUGUUACGACGUACACCUACGUUUCAGUUAGCAGAGUGCUUUUGCCGUUAAUAUUACAGUUGUAAAAGCUGCGUACUUGUUGGGCUCUGUAGCUAACGUUAACGUUAGCUCGUUAGCUGAAGUUAUGAAUUUAGCUAACUAAUUUAGCUUAAAGCAAUACAGUCUGCGUGAAACACAACUGUUCAAGGUCGAAGUAUGGCGGAUGACCCUCAGAGAAAUUUCCGCUCUGCAUAUUAUGAGAAAGUCGGCUUCAGAGGGGUGGAGGAGAAGAAAUCUCUGGAAAUACUUCUCAAGGAUAAUCCUCUUGAUCUAGAAAAGCUGAGCACCUUCAGUCAGAGGUUCCCCCUACCCUCUAUGUACAGAAUUCAUGUGUGGAAAGUUUUGUUGGGCAUCCUACCUCCCCACAGUGACUCUCACACUCUGGUGGGAGGCUACAGGAAGGAGCAGUACCAGGACAUCCUGGAGGCUCUGGAGGUGAUGAGAUACAUCAACUCGUCCACACCCUCCACCCACGUCUACCUGCGCAUGUUCCAGCUGGAGAGCCAGGUGCUCCCACGGUGCUCUGAGACCUCUGCUCCGGAUGAAGAGAACGAUGACUUCCUCUCCAUCGGUCGAGCAAUGGAGGAGAUCGUAGAUGAUCCUAUCGACUGCUAUUGGCUGAUCAAGUGUUUCGUUAAUCAGUUCCACACAAAGUUCGGAGACUCGGUACCCCACCUUCCGAAGAGCCUGGAGCAUUAUCUGAGUCAGGAGGAACCGCGGCUGCUGAACCAUCUGAAGAACACCGGAGCCCUGGCUCGGCUGCCCUACAGCCUCUGGUUCAGACGCUGCUUUGCUGGCUGCCUGCCAGAAUCAAGCCUGCAGAGGGUGUGGGACAAGGUGAUCAGCGGCUCCUGUAAGAUCCUGGUGUUUGUGGCCUUGGAGAUUCUGCUCAGCUAUAAAAUCAUAUUGAUGGGUAUCAACCGGCCUGAAGGAGUGGUCAGGUUUCUGUGCAAUAUACCACAGGAAAACACAGACGCCAUUGUGACUAAAGCCAUUGACUUGUGGCACAAAUAUUGUGGAACUCCAGUGCACGCUGUAUAGCUCCACGAAGCUCCACAAACAUCUGGGCUCAGAGUUGAGGUGCUUUGACAAGAUGAACCAGGAUUGGCUCUUAACUCCACUGAGAGACCAACAGACUGUGUCAGUGGGGAUUUGUGUCUGCAUGACUGAACUGAAAACUCAUCACAGGCUACUUCCAAGAAGCACGAGGACUUGAGAGCCAAUUUUCAUAAUGACAAGAAGGUGCUCAGCUUUCCCCCAAGAAUAUGAUGAACUCUCUGUGGAGAGGACUUGACCACAUGAACACUGUAAACAGCUGCAGUACACAGCGGAUGCACAAAGUCUGUUUGGGAAAAAGGCAAGGAAGCAUAAACUUAUUUUUUUUAAUAAGUUUCUUUCUUUAAGAAACUGCAUACAUCAUAGAAGACUCACAAUAAAUUAAUACCCACAUGCAGUUUUUUCUGCUUUACAAAAAAACAUGUGAAAAGUCUCACUUACUUUCUUUGCUAUGUACAAGUCUUAUAAUUCUGAGAACAUUUUUAAACAUACAAGAGACAGUAAUGUUACUGACGCUUGUACGUACACACACACUCACUCAGACACACAGUCAGAACACACAACAGAUCAACCAGUUCUCCCAAUAAUAUGGUCAAAACUGCUAAUUCAUGAACCUAGUAUGGACUGUAAACAAUAAAAAACAAAAAGUAAGGUGGCAGGGUUUCAUAUUCUGUACCGCCAAAGGUUUGUCUCAGACAAUAAAAAAUGAAAUACAAAAAAAUGUCUUCUUUUCUUGUAGUUCGGCAGAGAGUUCGGCAACAUUUUACUGUGUCUACAGAUGAUAUUCUGUAUCAAACAAAACAAGUUAAUUUGGCAACUUUUAAAUCCCUGUAAACAAUACUGUAGGCACAGCGACACAGUGAGUUACUGAACUCUCAACAGCAGUCACUCUGGGAUGCAUUCAAGAUCGCGACUUCCACAGCAAGUCAAGUUGCUUUGGUUUAAAAAGGGGAUCUGAAGUCUGAAAAGUGUUUUGAGCUCUUGGAUGCAGCCCAUAAACUGAUGGACAAAUGAAGAGAAAAUCUGAAAUUAUUGCUCAGUUGAUUGGUGUGUAUGUAUUAGGAGAAUUUUAUUUCUACUGUCACUGGCUUGUAGAGAGCAUCUGGGGACUCUGAUUAGGAUUUUAGGAAAUUUUGGCUUAAGAUUCAGCUGCCUACAACAGCAUAAGCUGUUGUAAAGAUUUUAAUUCUCACAAAAUGAGAAAUCAUUAUUGAGAUGUCAUCUGUGGAACAAAACUGUGCCAACACAAGCAUGGCCCCAUGGCAAGAAAGUUCAUUUGAGAAAAGAAUGAGAACAUGGUGAAAGGCAAGAAAAUCCCUGCGUAAAAACAAAGUCCCAUCUUUACCUCCUUCUGUUCCCAUCUUUAUAAUU